CCUCGGCGUCAUCAGCACGCGUGAACAAAAUCCCCAACAAUAAACAAGACGAAAUUAAAGAUUCAGAUGUGUGAGGGGCCUUCAUCAAUAUCUGGGCCAAUCCCCCCUGAUCCUUCUCUGUUUCCUCAGUACUACAGACGACCUGCUUCAGCUCGUGGACGUUUAGAGGGAAACCAUGAUGGGACUUUGGCCCUACUGUCAGGGCCACUUGCUCCAGAUCCUGUGUUGUACCCUGGCUGCUACAGUGCUCGAACCCCAGCACAUCCCCACCGUAUUGGCCCUAAUGCCACCCAUAUUCUGGAAAGAGGACAAAGAGGGGUAGUGGGGGAACUACUCAAACUAGAUGGUGUUUCAAUCACCCCUGUUCCCAAACAGAAACAGCGAGUACAUGACUUUAGUAAAGAGAAUGUGCGUCGUCUCCGUGAGAUCCAGAGACGCUGCAAAGAGCAGGAGGCUGAGAGAGCGAAGUCCCGUCCAGUUCCAGUCAAAGCUCUGUGGACCUCCUCCAAAUUUGAGAAUGUCCCCUCCAGGGUGAUGGCCCAGUUACAGGUUUCUAGUCCAACUGUUAAACCACAGUGCCAAAAAUUUCUGAGGGCCCACUCUAACGGUGGACGUACUGCCCCACUAAGACCAACCUCCAAAACUUCAGUACCUACCUCCUGCAACUCUGCACAUGACCAGGAUUUGCAGUUACAGGUUCAAGGUCAGACCAUAGACUUCAUAACACAUAAUGCCCGGGCUGCAGGAAAAGCUGUGCUGCGUCGUUCCCAGUCACUGACAAACCUAAGAGAUAAGCCUGUACCCAGUGCAGUCAAGGGACAGGUGCCUCAGUAUCUUGAGGAAAGGAAGAAGCAGUGGCGUAAAGAGGAGGAGGAGAGACAGAGGAACGCACCUGAUCCUACAAUCCCAGCUGGCCACACCCUGAUGCCUGAGAAUGAGAGACAGGAGACGCUGAAGUCCCUCAAAGAGACCCAUCGUUCCCUGGUGACAGAGCUGCUGUCACUCCCUCUCAAAGCUGACAAUCUGAGUGUUCGCUCACGAAGGGCUCACCUUGAUAGUAGGCUGUCUGAAAUCGAGGAGGCCAUUAAAAUAUUCUCCAGAGACAAAGUUUAUGUAAAAAUAGAUUCCUAACACAUGAGGAGGAAGAGGAUCGGGAGACAGAAGGAAGAGGAGGAGAAGGUCUUGUAAAUCCACUGCUUUAUUGAGAUUCGUUUUUAUUUUGUAGUUGUAUUAUUUAACAUAACACUGAA